AUGAAAAAAGUAAUUGUUAAGUAUGAAGAUUUUACAGCCAUAGUUGAAAGCGAUACUGAUGUGUCAGUUGCUUCACAAACGCUAAUUUUCAAAGGUAAGAUCCUACAGUCAGUCAACACAUUGGAAGCAUCAGGAGUUUGUGAUGGUUUAAAUAUAAUGCUGAUAGGCCGGAAACAUAGUGCGGAACAAGAAAUACAAAUGAAGGAGAUUGAAAAGGUUGAAAAGCACACCGAUGUGCUGGAGAACUGGUUGCUCGAACAAGAAAAAAAAGUCGAUGGCAUAGAGAAGGGUUGCAAAAGCAUGUUAAAGCAGGAGGCCCUCGAGCUGCUGAAGCGGGCGCCAGACGCCACCUAUCAAUUCCAGCGAAUAUACGUGAAACUCGACGCGCUGGAGACAGAAACCGAGCACCAGUAUGUCAGGCUGCACCAGUAG